AUGUCACCAAUGGCUUCUCUGGAUAAACUCUCAAACCCACUUGCAACCCCUGCCCAGCUUUUAAUGUCGUCCUCAUCCCUCGACAGGAUUCCCGCCGACUUAGAGACGUCCAUUCGCUAUGCUACAGUUCAACUUAUGCAGGCUGCUGGUAUCCUUCUUAGACUUCCGCAGGAUGUGAUUGCACAAGCCAUUGUGACUUUUUCGAGAUUCUGGGUUGGUUCUGAAGGCGGCAGCCUUGCUAUUCAUUCGUCAAAGGAUAUCUCUGCAGCAUCACUCUAUCUGAUGGCGAAGCAAUCUUUCGUGCCCGUUUCCCUACGUUCAAUCAUCAAUGUUUAUACUUUUCUUCUCUCCCCCGAAGCCUCCCCACUCGAUUUCGUCAACCCGCAGCCUCCCGUAGAAAGGCCAAGCCCGGAGACCUACUAUGUAUCAGAAGGCGCCUACCACGCAGAGCGACUAAUUUUGAUGAAAAUGGAGAGCGCGGUUCUCAGGACCCUUGCGUUUAAUACUCAUGUCACCCUCCCUCAUACCAUUGCCCUUACAUAUCUGCAAACCCUAGGAACAUCCUCCAGCGCAGUGUCAAAAAGAGUCUUCGAGCAUCUAAAUGCAGCAUUAUUCUCUCCACAACUCUUAUACUUGACUCACCAACCAAAUGCAUUGGCUGCUUCAGCGAUAUACCUUGCAGCAAGGGAGGAGAGUGUCAAACUGGUAGAUGGUGAAUGGUGGGAGGUCUUCGACGUGGAUAGAGAAGAGUUGGGCUUCGUGGUCGUUGGGAUGAGAAGUAUGGAAGGUUUCGCGAAAUCGGAAAAAGAAAAAUGGAAGGGCCGUCCUGUUCCUUUGACUGUUGAUCAGGUGGAGGCGGAGCUGGAAACUCGGAGAAUGCUGGAAGAAGGGGAAUGA